AUACCAUUGCCUCUGUGGUACCGCAUCGGUCUUCAAUCAUGCUACUGGUCUGCUACUCCUUCGGUGCCUACUCUCCGUCACCACUGGCUUAAUCCCCUCGCCAGCAAGAUGUCUUCCUCUGGCCCUCUGCGGGCACAGAAGCCAAGCGACACCGAACUCAUCUCGCGACUCUAUCGCCAGGUGCUCCGCGCAUUCUACGACGACAAAUUCAUCGUCCUCCUAGAACAGCUGUUGCGCUUCACCAUCCUGCCGCAGGAUGUGCUGGCCGCUCGUUUGGGCAUCCACUCCAAGGACCUACAGGUCUUGGCCCUGAGACUCGUCGACGACAAGAUGCUCUGUUGCUUCAAGAGGAGCGAGAAGAGAGAAGAGCCAGAAGGCGAUAGUGCUCGACGAUUCUUCAAGGGGGGCAGCGAUCGCAAUGGUGAGCGCAAGCACUUCCCAAGAAGCUACUACUAUCUUCAUCCACCUCUCUUCCUGGCAUCUCUCAAGUACCGUCUGCAUCACAUGCGACUGCAUCUCGACUCGACUCUGUCCGCGGCCUCCGGCUACACUGCCUCUUUCGUGUGCCCACGGUGUUCCUACUCGUAUUCGACGCUGGAUGUCGCUCAUCUCCUCGAUUUUUCUACGAAUUCACUGCGGUGCGAGCGUCCGGGUUGCGGGGCCGAACUGGCGGAAGACGACGAAGGAGGCGAAGAAGAUCGCAAAGGCAAGGAACGCAUGAGGAGAUUCAAUGAACAAUGCUCUACCUUUGUGCGAGGUCUAGAAGCACUCGAAGGCGUCAGGAUUGAGGUCAUCGAUCCAGCCGACUUCUUGUCUGACACGGCCAACUACACUUGGACCAAGCUGGACAAGUAUACCGACAAUUCGUCAACCAAGGGUGAAGCCUUCCCUGACUAUAACUCCUUGCCCAACGCAAAGGGCACCAGAGGAGAGUAUGUGGCCCCCAAGAUCUCCUUGGCUGAUGAAAAUUCGGAAGAAGCUGCAAGAAGAAUCAAGGAGGAGGAAGGUGAGAGGCAGAGAAAAGAGAAUGCCAUUCCAGAAUGGCUCGGCAAGAGUACUGUCAGCGGAGAGGAGACUGCUCUCGGUGCAAGAGAACGACGCGAGAGGGAAGGGAGGGAAGACGGUGAAUCUAUCGGCUACAACGGCGCAACGCAGAACAUACCCGAAGGAGACGACGAAGACGACUACUACAAGAUGUACGAAGCAAUGCAACAGCAGGCACAGGCUCAAACUGCAGUCGCGAGCUCAGCCUCAACUCCGUCGACAAGUGUCACUAGCAAGCGUCUUCGCUCCGAUUCUCCAGUCAAGCCGGACAUCGUCAAGACUGCCAGUGCUUCACCAGAGACGAAGAAGAUCAAACGAGCCGAAGAAUCUACUACCGUUGCAAUAGACGAUGACGACGAGGAUGAAGAUGACGAGGAUUUCGAAGAGGUCGUCUGACCUUAUCAUCACCGAUUGGUCAGGAACAAGACUCCGUCAGCCUAUAUAGUAUGUACUUGUACUGUCACCUUCACGAUUCAAAACCUGUUAUUACCAGUACAGUAGGGUCGUCGGUCCUGCGACUCGAUUCGGGAGCG